AUGAUAAGCGCCGACGAAUGGACGGAUUUGAAGAACCGGGUGAUUGAAUGCGCGGAAAACACAAAUGCUAACAGGUGAGAGAUGCUACGCUCGUUAGAAGUUGAACAAAACCUUUUUUUGCAGAAAAAUACUAGAAAGUCUGCUGGAGGAGCUCGAAAGUUUGCUGAGAGAAGUGUUUUCCAGCAAUGGCGAAGAUUUGGAUGAGGAUCAGUUUAUGGAAACGUUGUAAGAAUAACUUCUACUUCUGUAAAGUUGCAAAAAGUUUAUUUUCAGAACGCAAAUCGAAUACAUUUCGUACUCGCUUUCUAUGCUUUCAAACGGAUGGAACUUCACAAGCAGUUGGUUUUUCUGAAUUAAUAACCGAAAAAUGUGAAAGCGACAUUUUCAGGAGAAGUUCUCCGUUUGUUCCGCGCGACGUUCGAUGCGAUCUGUGCGUUUGAAGACGAAGAAUUGGUUUCGAGCUUUGAUGUAAAAAGCUUAAACUUUUACUCAAAGACAUUUCGUUUUCCAGCAACUUCUACUGAUUCUCCUCGUCGCCGCCGGUAAAGCGGAACAAAAUCAAUACGAUAAAGUUUUAAAUCAGCUGCUGGAACUUGUUAAAUGUAAAAUAAAACAGGAAGUUGCUUUUAAAGUACACGAAAAUCUCAGACUGCGAUGACAGCGAUUCAAAGUUAAAGUGCCCUCCUUCGAUUCUGAGUCCCGAUGCUGUUACCAAGAUUUCCGGUGAUUCCAGACCGUUUUUCUCGUGCCAUCUCCCGCAGGUUAUCAUUGCGGCGCUGUUCGGCGAGAAUUCCGAUUCGCUCGUCCCGUCCGACGUUUUCCGGCUCUUCUGGCCGUAUUGCCAAUCCGUUCUUCAAGAUGCGCACGAGUCAGAAGACACGUGGAUUGUAGAGCCGUGUCUGAAGUGUGCUCUGAAAGCUCUGAACGCAAAAAGGGAAAAAGAGUCGGCAGUCGAACAGGCUCGGUUCAUCGGCGAGCUGCUCUCGCUCACAUUGUCAUCGUGCAAGAGCCAAGUGCUUUCAGACAUUUUCCAAGUAUUUUCUGACUAUAGUAACUUUUCAAUCAACUUUUCUGAUUCCAGACAAUCCAAUCGUUCAUCGAAGAGCACGGAAAACUGAUGAUGCUCAAGAAAGAGUUGCGGGAGAGUGUGCUCGAGUGGCUCAAUACGUAUCUGAAGCUGAUCGGCGACGAGACGGACGAGCUAGGAGUACUGGAGACGUUCACGAAGUGGAUGGUCGAGUUGACCGCCCAUCAGGAGGCCCAGGACGCGCCUCCCGAGGCCUGUUUCACUCUUAUCGAAAUUUGUUCGGUAAGGACGGUCGUUUGAAGUAAAUUUCUAGAAAUUUUCAGCGACGCAUCGAAACGGGAUAUCAAUCGUCUCCCGCAUGCCUCCACCACUAUCUGGAUCUUCUCGUCUCCCUGUUCAAACUCGCAAAAAUUCAAAAGAUUGACAGUUUCAAGUGGAUAACGACGGAAAUCCAGAAACAGAACAUUCCGGACAAUCCGAGAUGGCCCCGUUUGCUCGGCUCGUUGCUCAGUGUACAGCAACCGAUCGCCCAGGGAUUAUUCAAAAAGUUCGCGCCCACCGUCGAGAGUUUGUGGGCGAAGAUCAAGAACAAAGAGUUGUCGGCCGUCAACUCGCUCGCCAUCGUUCUAGCGUCGUGCCACUUUUUGGGAGGUGCCGACGAGGCCGCCAAGCAGAUUAUUCCGAUCUUGCUCCUUCCGUGCUUCCGCGAUUUCCGAGAACGCGUCGGCGUCAAGUGGGACCAAUUCCGAAUUGCGGGCGCCCCUAAAACUGGUCCCGCCGAGAUUAUGGACCUCGAAAAGUACACGUUGCUGCACGAGCCGCCGAACUUUGAGGCGACAAAGCUGCGCGCCGUGCAGUGUGCGCUUCAAAUUGAGAAGAAAACAGGCAAGUACGUGGCGCUCGUGGCGGACAUGUCCCUAGCCGUUUUCGCCGUAUCACAAACCGAUCAAAUCGCUCUCUGCCUCCCCGCGCUCGUCCAUUUUCUCACCGAAAAUCCGACGUUCAUCUCGGAUUUUGUCACCGUUCUCAUCGCAAAACUUGCCGAAAAACACGCCGUCUAUGCGGAGAAAACGAUUCGCGAAAUGUGCAAAACUGUUCGUAUGCUCAUUUGUCUGUCGGCGAACCGGAAGAACAAGUGCUCAAAGUGCGAGAAGAACUCAAAAACUUUCGUCGAGCCGGACACGGGAGACGGUCUCCGACUCGACGAGCGAUCUUUGGCGCUUUUUGUGAAGGGCGCCAUCGAGAAGCGGCACGAGUACGCGGACGGAAUCAUUCCGGAGCUUCUGGAGACGUGCCGAGUGAUUCUGCUGCACGUGGAUUCGCCGAGACUUCCGACACACUUCACGCCCAUCGUAAAGGCUCUCGACAUUGCAUUCUCGCCGCAUAAUGACUGCUUUUUGUGAGUUUACACUCAUUUCUCCUGUCAAAACUUUGAUUUCAGCCGCAUCUGGGAGUUGAUCAGUUGGAAAAGCGAAGCGGACGAUGAAAAGAAACUGCAAAUCUACAUUCCAGUGCUCGGAAGAGCAUUGUUAUCGAUAAGGAGCAACGAUCCCGCCAAGCUGACCGAAUUCAUGUGGAAAGUUCUGGAUGCGAGGCUGCCGACGACGGUGAAAGUGGCCGUGUUCGCCGGCGUCUUUGCUCACUCGGCAGUGACCGAUUCCGAGGAUGUUUGGAAUGUGACGACUGCAUGGACACGCCCCUUCGCUCGCCAUCUCCUUCCCGAACUGGCAGAUGCCCCCGAAGACGGGCUCCUCCAGGCGAUGCUGAAGAGAUACGCAACCAUCUUCACCCGUUCCUUCGUCGGCCGCCUCCUCCUCGACACGACGCUCGACGAGUUGAGAAUCCGCGAAACUGCGCGCUCGUUCAUCUCGCGUGCGCUCAUCCUCUUCCGGUUCGCCAAUUUGAUCGCCGUGCUGCCCGUCAUCCGUCCCACUCUGCUCUAUUGGACCCUGAUCGCGGGAGCACGAGGACAGUGCCCGAAACAAGUCUGCUCGAUCGUCGAUUUUCUCUGCCAGGAGCUCGUCGUCGCCACCAACUCGACAUCUCAAAUUCCGACGAAUCCGAUCGACAUCCACGUGGUGAAGGCGCAGAGGAAAGCGCUGAUCACCGAGGUAGGUCUGCUGAAAAUAGAGGCCCUGGAUCUCAUAAUUUUAAUGCAGAUGUUCAAGCAUCUGAUACAACUGUGGGCGUUCGAGACGUGCAAAGGAAACGAAUCGCUCUGGAAAUUCUGUGCCGAUCAUUGCGAUUUCGCAGAAAGUGACCAAAAAGUGGUCGCGUGCACGUUCCGAAAAGAAAUAUUCGAACGCCUCCUGCUCGUGCGCCCCGAAGACUUUCUAGUGCCACAAAACGGUUCGCUCGUCGUGCAGGAGCUUCAGAAGACGUACGAGAAUAUGAAGAAAGGCGAGAAGUUCAAUCUGGCGACGGCGAUGGACACUCGUUCCGAGGGAACCGAAUUUCUGUUCAGCUUCCGAACCUACUUCACCAACGAUGUUCAUUUUUGGAUGAGAGAACGGGCGGCCGCCAGCUUCCGAGUCGUUUUGCAGCACGGAAAGCCCGAGUUGCUCGAGGCGAACUGGAUGGCGAUUCUGAUGACGUUGCGCCACAGCCCGCCGCAUCUGGAAGCCACGCGGCUUUCGUGGCUGCAGUUCGUCGACCAACUCAACUACUCGAAACUGCGCACUAGCAUAUGGAGAAUCAUCACGGACGUCGGCAGAGUGCCGAACAAUGAGGAGAUCGUCGAGCGCAUCUGGAAGAGACUUAGCUACGCGAGCGACAUUGACAAGAUUGCCGCGUGAGUCGGUCGCCAAAUUCUUUUCAAAAAAUCACAGAAAUUACCGUUCAGAGAUGGCAUGUUCACUCGAUUCUUCUGGGUGAUACCACUGGAAGUGGAGAAGCGAAUCGACGUGACAUUCACGAUUCCCAAGGCGAGAAGGAUUGAUGACGGUACGAAGAGCACUUCUUCGGAAGACACCACCUUUUCACAAUUACAGUAUUCGAGUUUCUCCGCCAAUUCUCGCUGUUCCCGUGCCUCCAGUUCGUGCCCAAUCUGAGCAGCAAAAUCGACAGAGGCACAGUUUGGAAGGACGAUCUUCCGAGACUGACGGGCGCGCUCACCGAGUGCCUUCCUCUAUGCGAAUCUGUGCAGCAACGCGAUCAAAUUUGUGCCCUCCUCCAGAAAGUUCCCAUUUCGAAUACGGAGCUCGCCGAUCACAACUUUGUCCGCUGGGACCCCGCCGCCACCUUCUUCUCCGAUCCGAUACAACUGACGCAGGCGGUGCUCGAUGAAUGCUGUCAGGUCGUGGAGACAAUGUCGCCGGUCGGAAGACUCGAGUACGCGGACAGAACAAUGUGCGAAGUGCAGAAGUAUCUGACUGAGAAAGGAGCGGAUCACGAGUGAGAUUGUGCUGCUUUAGGGCUUUGACAAAAUGUAGAUAAUUUCAGGAGACGAAGCACUUUUGAGGCUCUGAAGAACGUGUACGCCCAGAUGAACAACUUCCGGCCGGACCCACAACUGAUCGAAUCCAAGACUUUCGACGAGCUCAGCGGACCGUUCACCACCAAAACGUUCGCCCGCUGGCUCACCGUUCUCAUUGUGAAAUGUGCGGAGAUGGCGGGAGAGACGCCGCUUACCAGUCUCAUCCCGAUCGCUCAUAUCGACGAUGUGCGGUUUCUGUCGAAGCUGGCAAUGCGAUUCAUUCUGACGGUCAUUCAUUUGGGCAGAGACUCGGUCACCCAGUGGAUUCUCACCGUCUUCGAAGAUGCCCUCGUCGCCGCGAGCCGCCGGAAUACGACGAAAUCAGAGCGCGGCGCCGCAACCUUCAUCUUUUACGUCUACGAUUUUCUCUACUUUUAUCUAAACUCUGAAGAGGUGCGGCGAAAGAAACAGGUGUGGGAGCGGACGAUGGAGUUCUGGAAGAGCAUGAUGCAGUGGACGAUGAAAGACGAGCACGGACACGAGCAGCCGCUGAUUGUGAACGUGGCCGAGGUGUUCGGAAUGGAGAAACGGUGCAUUCUGUGGCUGGAGACGUUUAUGGAGAUGAAGAGGCGCAACGGGAGAACCGAAAGCGAGACAGAAGCCUCUUACUAUUAUACGCUCAUGAAUCUGUACGCCAAAAUACACGAGCUGAACGGAGUGCGCGGAGCGUACGCUCAAUUGAGCAAAGUGCAAAUCGACCAUGUUUACGGCAAAAUUUGCCUUCACGAAGCGUUUGGCGACGUCGCAUCGGCUACCGCGUUGUCCCAAAUGACUGGAAAAGGAAAGCCGUUUGAUGUAAGAUUGACUGUUUUUCAAAAACAAAAAGGGUAAACGCACCUUAUUAGAUCCACCAGAGGGGACGUUCCACGUCUAGCUCCUCCAGUGGACCGACCUUCUCCCCUUUAUAUAAGACUCCUUCUCAGAUGGUCCAGAUUUUCACGUCGAAAAAGUUCGUAACGAAAAACGGAUGUUACCCGCUUUAAAAUGUGAAAUUUGAACGUUUUCAGCCGGAAGCAUCGAUUCGCAAGCUGAUAAACGAGCUUAACUCUGUGGAAUGUAUUGCGCACGACAAGGAGGAGCACGAGGAGCGUGUGAAUUCUUUAAAGGGACUGACACAAUGGAUGAAACUUGAUAAAGACGUGAGCGUUCUUCUGAAGAUGAUUUUCAGACAUUUUGAGUCCAACAAGUUAGCAUUUUCCAGAUUGGCCCAUCACCGCAACUGUUCGCCCGAACAAUCGAGUCCCGUGCUACGGAAUCCCGGAUUCUGACAAUGAUUCGGGACGGGAAAGAGGACGAACACGUGGACAAAGCCAUCGAAGCGGCGAGAGAGAAGGCGCUGGAGAGGCUGGCGGAGUGCGCGAUCGGCGGCUCGUGCAGCUACGAAACGGCCACUCCGUUCGUUGUGCAGGUCCAGCAGCUUGACGAGAUUUCUCGGCUCAAAAGUGUGACCGUCGAGAAUCUGGUCGGUUUCGAUUCGGACUUUUGGAAAGCGCUUCAGAAGCGAACCGACGGAGGCGAGCAGCGGAUGGACUUGCUGGAGCCGAUCCUGAGAGUGCGCAGAAAGAUGCUCGAGAUCCGCAUGAAGGUGUUGGGCGAUCGGGACAAGGAUCAGAUCAGAUCGCGGAUUGUGGAGGCGCACCUGCAAAGUGCUCGGAUCGCACGGCUCACCGGAUGUCAAGAGCGAGCACUGGUGGCGAUAAUCAACGCGAAAAAAGUGCUGCCGUUCGACAACAAAAUCGUGUUGGAGGAGGCGAAGUUGCGAUUGCAGACGUCGAACGAGAUGAGCGGGAUGAAUCUGCUGAACAGCAUUCUCGAGAAGACGUUCGGAGAGCUGUCAAAGCACUACGGCGACACGCAGCAGUCGAUGAACCUCGACCUGCAGAAUCAGGCGAAGCACAAGAUUGAAAUGUUCCCGACGGAGACGAAGAAUCUGUUCUCGUCGGUUCAAAUGCUCCGCAUCGCGCACAUGAUCAAAGCGGGCAACACGAUCGGAUUCGAGAAGAUCUACAACGAGACGACGAAUCUGCUGAAGGCGUUCGUCUCUUCGGGAGUCAUGUACGAGGCCGCGUGGCUUCUCGACUACCUCUUCCACUACAACGAACGGAAUCGACACGUGCUGCCGUUACUGAAAGCGUACAAAGAGGUGGCCAAGUACGAGACGAAUCCGGUGCUGCAGGCGAGAGCCGUCGAGCGAAUGAUGUCGUUGUGGCUGAGUAACACACGCAAAAUUGUACGAUUUUUCGUGUUUUUUUGUCAACUGAAAAACUGAAAAUUUGUGAUUUCAGAGUGGGCUGGUCGCUUCGUCGAGAGUGUCCGCAGCGGCCGCAUCCGAAAUGUCGGGAAAUGUGAAGACGAUGAACCUGGAGAUCAAGUCGGCGGUCGACCGAAUCGGCUGGCGCGCCUUCUACCCCGCCUACGCAGUGCUCGCGCGUCACAUCGAUCACCAGGACGACGAGGUGUUCCGAACGAUCAAGCACAUCAUGCAGCAGCUCAUCUACCGGAUGCCGCAUCAGUGCAUGUGGCAAUCGGUCUAUCUGCUGCGGCAAGACAUUGCCGAGAUCAAGAAGCGCUACAUGGAGGUGCUGACGGGAGUGAAACGGAGAGCUCCCUGCUACAUCACGCUCAUCGAUCAGUACGAUUACGCGUCGGCGGUUUUCAAUCAAGUAUCCGAGAAGGUCGACUCGGACAAUUGCAAUCUCGGCGAGAAAGUGGAAGGACUCAAGACGCUGUUCCGAGAGAAGAAGUACGAUCCGAAGGGACUGAUCAUGGACCGACGGAUGGAGGGCGAGUGCAAGAUCAUCUCGGGAAUCAUGGUGCCGAUCCGGUCGGUCAUCGACGGCUCCGUCCACGCCGAGGAGUUUGGCGACGUCGGACACGCCGAGUCGUGCGUCGUGCCCGAUCGAUAUCUCAUCCACGACUUUUGCGAUGAAGUCAAAGUGCUGCACUCGAAGACGAAGCCAGUGCUCAUUGAGCUCAUCACGAAAGAGGGCCGAAAAGUGAGACUGAUCUGCAAGAAAGAGGACGAUCUCACUAAAGAUUAUCACUUCACGAAAAUGGUCGAGGUAAUGAGAAUAAUGAGAGAAUUGGCUGAAAAUGAACGGAUACUUUCAGAUGUGCAACGACCUGCUGAUCAAAGACGAACAAACGCGCAUUCAGAAUAUGACGGCCACGACGUACUCGGUGAUACCCCUGGCGAAACACGGCGGAAUAAUCGAGUUCAUGGAAGGAGUGACUCCGUUCUACGAGACACUCGACAAGCUGAUGGGCCGCACACCCUCCGAAUGGUCGUCGUUAGUGCAAAAGUGGGCGAUUCGGAUGAAGCCAAUGUCGAAAGAGGAGCGAACCGCGUACUUCCGCAACGAGUGUUGUGCCCAAUCGCCGCUCGUCAUGGCCAAAUGGUUCCGUCUACAGUAUCCGGAGGCGGGCAAGUGGUUCGCCGCGCGGAAGCUCUUCGCCAAGUCGUCGGCGGUCAUGUCAAUGAUAGGCUACAUAUUCGGACUCGGCGACCGGCACACCAAGAAUCUGAUGGUGCAUUUGCCGACCGGAAAAUGUGUGCACGUGGACUUUGACAUGAUAUUCAACAAGGGCGAACUGUUGGGCACUCCGGAAGUGGUGCCGUUCCGACUCACUCGCAACAUGGUCAACGGGAUGGGCGAGGUGGCGCUGGACGGCGAGUUCCGGACGGUGUGCGAGCAGACGCUGCGCGUGUUCCGCGAGAAUUCGUACGAGAUUGAAAAGUACAUUGCCGAUCUGCCGAAUCUUGUUUCUGAUUUUAGCCUGGUAACUUUUUCGCGUUCAACUCAUUCUCACAAAUCAUCCAUCACUUUCAGAAAGACUUUGACAUGACGGAAGCGAAACGUCUAAUCUCGGGACGCCUACGCGGACAGAUUAUGACCGCCAAACUCUACCGAAGCAACCCGAUCUCGCAUCCGAUGCAGGUCUCCCAAUUGGCAUCCUCGCUCAUCGAACUGGCGACGAGCGACGAGAAAUUGAGCGAAAUGUUCGAAGGAUGGAUGCCAUUUUUGUAA